UUCGGCGCGUAAACUGAAUCCCCAUUCUUCUCAUCUCGUCACACGGUAAGUAUCUCAAUUCUCAAAUCCACCCUUGGUAGUUUCUUCUGUUGCGCUUGGAGAAUCCGCAAUGGCGAUUGCGUUGUUGUGGAAUCUGCAAAACCUGUGGCCUUUCUCAGCUCUCAAACCCGACCAACUCAGAGCUUCGAAGCAAUUGGUUAACAAAUUGCUUGUACCCGAUCACACUAAACAAUUCGUAUUCGCAGUUCGUGAUUCCCAAACCCAAUCACUUAUUUACAUUCUCUCUGCUUUGAAUUUGUCUGAACGAUCAGUCUCCGAUGCCCAGUGUCUCAUCAGAGAGAUUAGACCCGACGCCGUUUUGGUUCAGGCGAGUUUUUCCCCCUUUUCUCAGAUUCAAUCCGAAGAAGAGGAAGAACAAGAACGGGUUACUGAGUUUGAUAACCCGUUACCCACUUCUUCUUUUGGGGUUCUUAAGCGUUGUUUCUUUGAUAAGAUUGGUAGGGAUAAGUAUGAGAAUGUUGCAGGUAACUUUGUGUUAAGGGAGAUUUUUGGGACCAGUUUUCAUGGUCCCUUGUUGGCUGCUAAGAAGGCUGCUGAGGAUGUUGGAUCGUCGUUUCUUGUGGUUGAGUCUCCUGAUAACAAUUCUGGUGGUGUUGUUGAUAAGGGAAGCCAUUUUCAGAGUCUUGUUAGUAGUUUGGUUCCUCAGCAGCACCAAGCUGCUUCUUUGGCUCCUGUUGCUUUGAAGAGGUUUUCUCUUGACAAAGAACUCCGGUCGCUGUUGACAAAAGCGUUAUCUGGCUAUCUGGAUCCCCUCUUGCUUAGUAAUGCCAAGAAUGGUUCUGUUUUGGAGGGGGGUUCCGUGGAAAUUCAGCCAUCGACUAGUUAUGAGACCCCGGCUUUUGCUAGGUCUAUUUACCCUUUGCUUGAGGACUUGCAUAGUAUAUUCGGUGAUCUUCCGACUAUUGGGAAGGCGCUAGCUCAUGUGCAAAAGAUGCUGUUGGAUGUAAACAGAGGGGAGGUUCUAGACAAGAGAACUGUUUCUGAGGUCUAUACUUUCCGAAUUGCUGUUGAGGGGCUUAGAAUAGCUCUAAAUAAUAAGGCGUUACGACCAAUUGACAGGAAGAGUGUUGCUAACUCAGAUAAAAUUGAGUUCGCUGAGCUUUCGGUCGAUGACAAAUCACAUGUGCUCUUUGCACAGGCAAUUCGUAGCCAGACUGAUAAGUAUAAGACCAUUGUGGCUGUAGUAGAUGCUAGUGCCUUGGCUGGUCUUAGGAAACACUGGGAUACUCCUCUUCCUCUUGAAGUCAAGGAGCUGGUUGGACAACUGAUCACAAAUUCCGAGGGUAAAGGGGUUAUGUUAAAUUAUAGUGACAAGAAGCGGUUAUUAACAGAUAACCCUGUGGUGGCAGUAGGGGCUGGAGCAACAGCAGUUUUAGGAGCUUCAUCCCUGACCAAAGUAGUCCCUGCAUCGACGCUGAUGAAGGUUGUUACAUUCAAAACUCCUGCUUCACUCAAAAUCGGACUCAGCCAGAUGCAGAAAGUACUGGCUUUUGCCUUUGGCCAAUCUAAAGUUGUGGCUCCAGGGAUUGCAACUUCUGGAGUCAAAACGUCUGGUGUCAUGAAGGCAGCAGUAUCUGCUGAAAAGAUUCGAGCUGUUGCCCAUAGUGUUAUAGCCUCUGCUGAAAAAACCAGUAUUUCAGUUAUGAGAACAGCUUUCUAUGAAAUAAUGAGGAAGAGAAAAGUGAAGCCUAUUGGGUUCUUGCCUUGGGCUACAUUUGCAGGCAGUGUUGGAACUUGUACAGGCUUGCUUUUGUAUGGGGAUGGGAUUGAGUGUGCUGUUGAGUCACUCCCUGCAGCCCCCUCAAUUGCCAGUUUGGGCCGUGGGAUUCAACAUCUUCGUGAGGCAUCUCAAGCAGUGAUGCAAACUGAAGGAAGUAGAAUCCAAGCAUCAAUAGAAUCUCUAGUAAACAGAAUAAAGAAGACAAGGGAUCGAUAGAGAAAGAAUAUACUUUUUUUGCUGUACAGUUUUGAUUUUCUUCGUAAAAUGAUGAAAAGCUGAUUGGUAAGAGUUCAGGAAAUUCUUCUGUACAUAUAUUUCUCUUGUAGAAAUGGUUAUAUUGUUGG